AAAACAAAGUGUCAAAGGGAAAUCAGAAAGUCUCUGCGCUUACUGAAGGCAAGACGUUGACAGUAUGGCAGCCUGGACUGUAUGGACACUCCUGAUGUGUACAGCUCUCACUGGGCAAGGGUCAAAGGCUCAGGAUUGUGGAAUGGCUUCUCUGAACACAAAGAUAGUGGGAGGUGAGAAUGCCACAGCUGGGUCAUGGCCCUGGCAGGUCAGCAUGCACAUCAAAGCUAUGCACGUCUGUGGAGGGACCCUCAUCAGUGACCAGUGGGUACUCACAGCGGCCCACUGCGCAGUAAUAAACUCAGUUGAUUCAUGGACCCUGUACCUCGGAAGGCAGUCUCAGUCUGGCUCCAAUGUUAAUGAGGUGAAAAGAAAAGUGUCACAGAUCAUCGUCCAUCCUGACUACAACAACACCUUGUUUAACAACGACAUUGCCCUAAUGAAGCUCAGCAGCCCUGUAAAGUUUACUGACUACAUCAAACCGAUCUGCCUGGCAAAUAACUCCAGCCAGUUCCACAACUCCACCCCCUGCUGGGCCACUGGCUGGGGCAAUCUUGGAAAGGAGGAUCCAAGUCCAGACUUACUUCAGGAGGUUCCGAUUCCUGUCAUUGGACAAAAGCAGUGCAGUUGCAACUACGUCUCAGUAUCAGAAGCAAACAUCACUGAUGAAAUGAUAUGUGCGGGGCAAGAGAACAAAGGAGCAUGCCAGGGGGACUCAGGUGGACCAUUGCAAUGCAAACAAGGGGGAGUGUGGAUCCAGGCUGGCAUUACCAGUUUUGGAAUACCUUGUGCCCUGGCUGGUUUCCCUGAGGUCUAUGCCCGAGUGUCUCAGUUUCAGAAUUGGAUCAUGGAUCAAGUGGCGGGGGCCAGUGUUGGCUUUGUGAAGUUCACCUCCAAUGGCGUGGAUCAAGGCAGCAGCUUUGUGUGUCGCAGUGCAGACAAUGUAACCUCUGUAGCCACAGCACCAACCGUUGCAACUGAGUUUGGGUUCGUUGUCAUCUCAGUGACAAUUUUCAACCUUUUUCUUUAAGGGACCCCUUAUCUAUCAUUGGGUAUUUGAUUUAAUAUCCAAUGCAUAGCAAUAAUAGUGCAGAAUGACUGAUAAACUGUACAAUUAACCCAAAUAAUUAACACAAAAACUGCAGGAAGUUUGUUUAAAAUUAGCAAUUUUGAGCAGAUUAUUUCCUUUGAAUAUUGCACCAGGGAUGAGUUUUCCUCAUAUUUUUAGAAAUGUUUUAUACAAUCUUCCCGCUGUAUGUAUAGUUUUAUUUUUCCCUUUUUGGUUGGUUUAGCAGCAUACUAAAUGCUGAAAUAUAGGUCUACCCUAAGUAGGGUUCGUGACCCCCAGGUUGGGAACCAGUGCUCUAUAGCACAGAUUUGCACUAACAACGUCUCUACUUCUUCUAUUGUGUUGUGCUAUGUCUGUCUUUUGAAUCAUUUUUAAUGUAUACAAUUAUUGCAUUAUUGUAGCUGAGCUUGUGUGAUCAAAGUUUUUGCAUUGCACUUAAUGUUUUCCAUCCCACAAACUUAAUUUAACACAUAGCCUAUCUACCAGCCAUUUUUAUAGACAAUGGUAUGGAGAGUGAUCAUGUCAUCACUUGACUUACAAUGCACUUCAGUGCACAACAAAUAAAAUGUGGUUUGUUUUGCUUUAUUAGUCACAAUGUGUUGAAAUAAAAGACUGAUGAUUUUUGUGGUA